GUUGAACACCGGCGAUGAAAUCCUGCGAAGGUGUUAUCGCGGCUUGCCCAGGUUCGGAAGAGAUUGUUAGUAAACACGAAUGCAAAAACUUUUUCAGCAGUGACAGUUAUUAAGCCGGUGUAGUGAAUAUCUGGUCGUUUUAGAAGAAAUGAAGACUGUAACAUGCUUGUUGCGAUCAGUUGUUAAACUGUGAAUAAUGCAAUGUCCAAGAAGACGACGCGGCGUUUUGUAUGGCUCCAAAAUACUGCAUCCCAGGACGUUUCAGCAACUAUGGAAACUCCAUGAAAGAAACAGGCUACUGUAUUCUGAUUUCCAACUGAUGGGGACAGGGCAGCUACAUUGUAUAAAGCUAUUCCACAAAAAGACUGGAAAUCUUCAAAAUAUGCAGUUGUUUGCAUCAAACAUUUUGGAGAAAGUGAUUUCAAUUAUAACAAGUGAAAAAAUUCAGCUUAGACACAGACAGCAACUUCCAGAACCAGUUGAUGAAAUGACAGCUGAUGUUGUGCAUUAUGCCUCGGAUUCAAAGGAUCCUUUCAAUCUCUCUCAUAUGGCAUUGUCAAUGCCAGUAAAUAUUCAUUAUGGAAGUACAGCUGGUGCUAAACAAGAAGACAGUGACAACUCUGCUUCAUCAGAUGAUCCUUUUAGGGACUCUUUCAGCAAAUUGCAAGAUUUGGAGUAUUUUGAUACUGAUUCGUCUAGCUGGGAUCAAAGUGCAGCUAGCUUCAUGUCUUGGUCUGAUCAGGAAUUUGAAUCGGCUACAACAGAAAGAAUUCAGAAACUCAUGGAUGAUAUUGAAUGCAUCUUAUACGAUGAACCUUUGGAAAUGCCACCUAGCAAGGAAAUUAUUGAUGAAUGCCGAAUGUGGAAGGAGGCAUUUCCACAUAUGAGAGUUAGGGGACAUGGAAUCAAGAUGAUUGCAGUGCCUCAAGAAGAGGAAUCUCAUGAAAGCAUUAUUCAAGAAGAGGUUUUUGCUGUUGAUGGAGUUGUAAAUGAUGCCAAAGAGAGCAGCUCUUUAAAAAGAAGGGAGUCAUCGACUGAUAACUCUGCUGCCCAUUGUAAGGAAGUUCCUAUAAGAGAAGAGUCUAAAUCUUGCCAGCUUGAGAAUAUGGUGGAAAACUAUGUGUUACAACAACUUGCUUCAUAUAUACAGUCAGAAGUUAUUAAAAAACUUACAUGUGAUGUACAGAGUAGUGAAUGUAGUUCAGGUAAAAAGUGUGACAAAUUACCAGAAGUAUGUUUCCAAAAUUCUGCUUCUCCACAAACUGUGGUAUCUGUGCUAAGUGAUUCAGAAUCUGACGACACAAAUUCAGCUCGGACAGUUUUGUCUAAAUCAUCACGUACUAGGGAGGUGCUAAUUAGCAGUUCAUCAAGAUCAGAACUUCGUGUGCAGAAUAAUAAUGCAUUUUCCACACCACGUAUGUUUGAUGUUGGGAAUUACACUGCAGAAUAUCCAUCAUUCUCUGUUAUUGGUUCAGCACCAGUGAGCUUGCCACCACCUAGGACUGCUAGUUCAUCAGUACAUGAGGCACGAUCAUUUCAUAGUGCAGCAGAAAGAAACAAAAGACAGUAUGCUGACAGACGAUUCAGUUGUGGAUUUACAGCUCGAGAGAGAUCUUCACACCAAGUCCAAGAAGCAGAUGAAAAGAAUCAAAAAUAUAAGGCAUUGCUUUACAACAGCAAUAAUCGAAAGCAAUUCUUACCACCAAAUCCACAGGAUAAAUUAAAUAAACGUUUAGUAUUGCCUCCAAUUGACAAAGUGGAAACUCAGAAGGUAGGCGUAAGAAUGAACAGCAGCUUAAGAAAGUUUAGUGUCCAUGAUUAUGUCAGUGCAGAUGUGAUGUGGCUCCUGAGAAGUCUUAAUUUGAUUCCGAAUCUAACAGUAUCUCUGCCAGUAAUUAAAUAUACACCAUUGAAAAGGUUUUACUUGGUAUUUAUUACCAGAUUUAUGUGGCAUUCUUUGUGACACAAAAACAGAUGUCUGUUGUGAUUGGGGAUUUUGUAUUGAAGCAGGGAAUUAUGUAUUGAAGCAUUGUGUUUUAGGAUUACAUAGGCUACUUGUAGUAGAUAUGCAGUGAUGAUGACACUGGCCAAAUGUAGAAAGUCAAGGUAAAAUAGGCAAGAAACAUAUUCUUGAUAAAAGUGUUGCAUAUUGUUAUUAAUCUUAAAGUGCUACAAUUGAGGCAUAUUUUGUUGGACAAUGAUACUUGACAACAAAUUCCUAAUGGUAUAUACUAAAAAUGCCCUUGCUGAAAUUUGCAGAUUAGAUGAUUUCUCAACUGUGACAGACGAUUCUGGUGUGGGACGUAUUUUGAAUGUAGAAAAAGACAACUACGAGUCGUCAUAACUUACUGGUGCACCUGUGAUCCUCUAAAAGAAAGAAAAAAGACACUGCAUUUCACAGACUUAAAAAUAUAACAUGGAAUCAUACAAAGUGUUGCAAAUGAAGCACUCACAGAGGUAAAAUAAAUUGAUGGAUGCUGUUUCAAAUGUUCAUGAAAGCUCUACAGAAAAUUAAAAACUGUUAUCACCCCAUAUCAUAAUUGAGAUAAUAAUGUUAUAGAAUUAAAAUAAGUUGUCUGAAACUGAUACAGUGAAAAGUCUGGGAUGAAAUAACAACAGUAUGGAAGGGGUGAACUGCUACUCACCACAUAGAGGAGAGAUUGAAUCGCAGGCUUCCUAGUGUUGUUUUUCAUUGUGCCUGUCUGGCACUUAGUGCCUCCUUCAUAUGGUGAGUAGCAAUCAAUAAUUUCCAUAUGUUCUGAAACUCAUAGUGUUAUCACAUUUGCUUGUGUUUCACAUGAACAAAAAUAACCACCACUUUAUUUAUAAUAUACCACCAACAAAUGUGUGCUAAUGACAUGCUCUAAUUAUGGACUUGAAUGAAUUAAUAAAAGCUACACCUAAAAUAUUUUUACAUUAAUGCUCUGAGUAGAUUUGUGUGCUUUACGAUGAGUAAAAUUA